AGUACAAGGAAACUCACGAGAAGCAGAAGGGGCACUACAUUGGGUGCCGAACGGCCAAGGAGGAUCCCAAGCUGUCGUGGGCUGCACGAGCCAUGUUGCUCCAGAACGACCGCAUUUACAGGAAGGCGUACAACGACUCGAAGGCCCACAUCCACAUGCCAGUGGAUGCGAUGUCACUGCAGGCAGCCAAGGAGUGCCAGACGCUUGUCAGUGAUGUUGACUACCGCCAUUACCUUCACCAGUGGACGUGUCUGCCUGACCACAAUGAUGUGGUGCACGCGAGGAAGGCCUACGACCUACAGAGUGAUGCUGUCUAUAAGUCAGACCUAGAAUGGCUCCGUGGAAUUGGCUGGUUGCCUAAUGAUUCUCCAGGUAUUCGGAGAGUGAAACAUGCCCAGGAUCUCCUGAGUGACAAGGUGUAUCGCACACCUAUUGACAGCUUGAAGUACACCAGUGUCGUCGAUUCUCCAGACAUUCUUCUAGCUAAAGUGAAUGCUGAACAGCUCAGUAUUCCAAAAUACAAAGAAGCCUGGGAAAAGGACAAGACUAUGAUCCAUAUUAUGCCAGACACACCUGAAAUCAACCUAGCCAAGUCUAAUGCUCAUAAUUAUAGCCAGAAACUGUAUAGAGAAGCCUGGGAUGAAGUGAAGAUGAGUUAUGAUUUGAGAGCAGAUGCAAUCCCAAUUAAAGCAGCCAAAGCUUCCAGAGAAAUUGCUAGUGAUUAUAAAUACAAACUGGAUCAUGAGAAGCAGAAAGGACAUUACGUUGGAGUUCCAAAUGCAAAAGCAGAUACAAAAAUGCAGUUUGCCCUUGGCAUAGGCAAGGUUCAGAGUGAACUAGAAUACAAGAAACACUUUGCCAAAUGGAAGACACAGUGCCAUCUGCCCGUUGAUAUGCUGUCUAUCCAGUCAGCUAAACAUGGGCAGUCUUUGGUCAGCGAUGUUGAUUACCGUCAUUACUUGCAUCAGUGGAUCUGUCUUCCAGACCAGAAUGAUGUGAUACACGCCAGGAAAGCCUACGAUCUUCAAAGUGAUGCUGUUUACAAAUCUGAUUUAGAAUGGCUACGAGGUAUUGGAUGGUUGCCAAAUGAUUCACUUGGAAUAAAUCAUGUCAAACAUGCCGGAGACUUAUUAAAUGAGAGAAAGUAUCGUACAAAAGUUGAAACGCUUCAAUUUACUCCAGUGACAGACAGAGUUGAUUAUGUCACAGCGAAGAAAAGCGGUGAAAUUCUUAGUGAUAUUAAGUACCACAAAGCAUGGAAUGAGGUCAAGUCAAAUUAUACUCUAACAGAUACACCGCAGCUAGAUAUGGCUCGAGAGGCAGCCAGAAUUCUUAAUCAGAGUUUAUACAAGGAAAGCUGGGAGAAAGAAAAAGCCACUGGUUAUCUCUUACCUCCUGACACUGUGCAGAUCUGUCAUGCCCAACACUCAAAUGAUGUCCAAAGUGAGCUGAAGUACAAAGCUGACUAUGUCAAACAAAGAGGUCACUACGUGGGAGUCGCCAGUAUGAGAGAUGAUCCAAAACUGGUGUGGUUUGAACAUGCAGGCGAGAUCCAGAAUGACAGAUUGUAUAAAUCAAAUUACCACAAAACAAAAUCCAAAAUCCACAUCCCUGCGGAUAUUAUGUCAGUUGUAGCAGCCAAGGAGUGUCAGGCGUUGGUCAGUGAUGUUGACUACCGCCAUUACCUGCAUCAAUGGACGUGCCACCCUGACCAGAAUGACUGUAUUCAAGCAAGGAAGGCCUAUGAUCUGCAAAGCGAUAAUAUUUAUAAAUCUGAUUUGGAAUGGCUCCGUGGUUGUGGCUGGAUUCCUCUGGAUUCAGUGGAACAUAAGAAAGUUAAGCAUGCACAGGAGCUGAUAAAUAAGAGAGCAUAUACGAAAGAUGCCCUUGAAAACUUUUCUAAAUUCACCAGUGUGGUUGACACUCCAGACAUUGUCUUGGCAAAGAUUAACUCUGUCAAUCAGAGUGAUCUAAAAUACAAAGAAACAUUUAACCUCGAAAAAGGCCAGUACAUCGGGUCUGAUGAUACUCCUGAACUGAAUCAUGCCAGAGACAUGUCCUUACUGUAUAGUGAUAAACUUUAUAAAAGAGACUGGGAAAUCAGCAAGCCCAUUGGGUAUACUUUGGAUACAACAUACAUUCCACUUGUUGGAGCCAAGCAUGCAAACUACGUAAAUAGUGAGCGUAAAUAUAAGGAGCUGUAUGAGAAGCUGAAAGGCCAUUAUCUGGCUGGGAAGGACAUUGGAGAUUUCCCCAGCGUCGUUCAUUCUUUAGCAUUCCAGAAAAUACGGAGCGCGUUGGCAUACAGAAAGAAUUACGAAGACACUAAAACAAGAGUCCAUAUUCCAAGUGAUAUGAUGAAUCAUGUGCUAGCUAAGAAGUGCCAGUAUAUCCUCAGUGACCUUGAAUACAGAACUUACCUGCAUCACUGGAAUUGUUCUCCAGAAGAACAUGAUGUUAUUCAAGCAAGAAGGGCCCAGGAAAUUUUGAGUGAUGUGGUGUAUAAAGAUGACUUAAAUUGGCUGAAGGGAAUUGGAUGCUAUGUCUGGGAUACUCCACAAAUCCUGCAUGCUAAAAAAUCAUAUGACCUCCAGAGCCAAAUAAAAUAUACAGCUGCUGGAAAAGAGAAUUUCCAGAACUUUGGUGUUGUUACUGAUACACCAGUCUAUGUGACUGCGGUGCAGAGUACUAUAAAUGCCAGUGAUGUUAAAUACAAAGAAGAUUACCAUAAAACUAAGGACAAGUAUACAACUGUGACUGAAACAGCAGACUCUGAAAGAGUUCAAAAUCUGAAACAUCUUUUUAGCAAUAAUCUCUACAAGGAAGCCUGGGACAGAGUGAAAGCUACUAGCUACAUAUUGCCCUCUGAUGCUGUAUCCCUAGCACGUGCAAAAGAACUGAAGCAUAAUGCUAGUACUGUAAAAUACCGAGAAGAAUAUGAGAAGUUUAAAGCUCUAUACACGCUACCUGGAAGUGUUGAGGAUGAUCCCAACACAGCAAGAUGCCUUAGAGUUGGAAAGCUUAAUAUUGAUCGUCUGUACAGGGAAACCUAUGAAAAGAAUAAAGCCAAAGUCCACAUUGUUCCUGACAUGGUAGACAUAAUUGCUGCUAAAGAUGCACAGCAGAAAAUCAGUGAAAUUGAUUACCGCACACGUCUCCAUGACUGGAUCUGCCUACCAGAUCUUCAGAUCAACGCACAUGUUCGAAAAGUAGCUGAUCAGAUCAGUGAUGUGGUAUACAAGGAUGAUCUUAACUGGCUGAAAGGCAUUGGCUGCUUUGUUUGGGACACUCCUGAGAUUCUCCAUGCUAAACAUGCCUACGACCUUCGCAGUGAUAUCAAGUACAAAUCUGAUGCAGAAAAAACGAAGAGCAAAUACACUGUGGUCAUGGAUACUCCUGUCUAUGUCCAGAAUAUCCUCAGUGGCUUGAAUGCUAGUGAAGUUGUCUAUCGUGGUGACUACUUAAAUAAAGUUAGAGGCAAAAUGAUUCCUACUGACAAGACAGUGGAUUUGGAGCGGGCACAUCAUGCAAACAAGAUACAGAGUGAAAAUUUGUAUCGCUGGGCUGGUUUGAAAGCUCUGCCUACUGGAUACAGUCUUCCCAAAGAUACCCCUGGCUUCCAGCAUGCCAAACACGUCCAGUACAUUGGCAGUGAUCUGAAAUAUAAAGAAGCCUAUGAACAUAUGAAAGCUAAAGGCUACACUCUGGGGCCUAAUGAUGUUGGGUUUGAGAAUGUGAAGAAAGUGAAUCAAGUCAUUAAUGAGAGGUUGUAUCGGGCAACGUAUCACAAGAACAAGGAUAAGAUUCAUACUACUCCAGACACACCAGAAAUCCGUCAAGUCAGAGCAACACAGGAAGCUGUCAGUGAUUUGAUCUACAAGUCAGAUUUCUUUAAGAUGCAAGGACACUUGAUUUCCUUGCCAUUUACUCCUCAGGUGUUGCACUGCCGCUAUGUUGGGGACAUCACAAGUGAUAAUAAAUACAAAGAGGAUCUGAAGUGGUUGCAGGGCUUGGGCUGCUUCCUUUAUGAUACUCCUGAUAUGGUCCGUGCUCGUCAGCUACGUAAGCUUUGGUCUAAUUACGUAUAUACUGAUAGUGCAAAGAAGAUGCGGGAUAAAUACAGUGUGGUGUUGGAUACUCCUGGAUACAGGACUGUUCAGGAACUGAAAACCCAUUUGAGUGAUCUGGUUUACAGAGCUGCAGGCAAGGAGCUGAAGACAAAAUACACUUCUGUCCUUGACACGCCUGACUUCUUAAGAGCCAAGAAAGGACAAAAAAUACAGAGCCAGUAUUUGUAUGUGGAACUUGCCACCAAAGAGAGACCUCAUCACCAUGCUGGUAGCCAGACUCCAGCCUUCACGCAUGCCAGGCAUGUAAAAGACAUGGUCAGUGAGACAAAAUAUAAGAUCCAGUAUGAGAAGAUGAAGGACAAAUACACACCAGUCCUUGACACACCAGUCUUGAUCAGAGCCAAGAGAGCAUACCUGAAUGCCAGUGAUUUGCGCUACAAAGAAACCUUUGAGAACACAAAGGGGAAGUACCACACAGUGAAAGAUGCUUUGGAUAUUGUCUAUCAUCGAAAAGUCACAGAUGAUAUUAGCAGUGUGAAAUACAAAGAGAACUAUAUGAGCCAGCUGGGAGUCUGGAGAUCAAUCCCAGACCGACCAGAACAUUUCCAUCAUCGUAUCGUCACAGAUGCUAUUAGUGAUGUUAAAUACAAGGAAGACUUAUCGUGGCUCAGAGGCAUCGGUUGUUAUGCAUGGGAUACACCAGAUUUUACUUUGGCAGGAAAGAAUAAAGUGCUCUACAGUGGGCAUAAGUACAAGGAGAUGUUUGAAAAGACGAAGUCUCAUUUCCAGUACGUAGCUGACUCUCCAAUUAACAGACACUUUAAGCAUGCAACUCAGUUGCUGGAUGCGAAAUUAUAUAAAGCUGCCUAUGAGAAGCUCAAAGAUAGGUACAGCGUUAUUGUGGAUGAUCCUAAGAACCUCCUGGCCAAGUGGGGGACUACACUGAGCAGUCAGGUUGAGUACAAAAAGGACUAUGAAAAGAAGAAAGAUAAGUAUACCACAGUUGUGGAUACUCCAGAAAACUUAAGGACUGCAAAAGUCAACAAACAGAUUAGUGAUAUUAUUUACAAGUUGGAAUAUAACAAAGCAAAGCCUAAAGGCUACACUACAAUUCAUGACACCCCGAUGCUGCUGCACGUGCGCAAGGUCAAGGACAGAAUAAGUGAUCUGAAAUACAAAGAAGUGUAUGAGAGGAAUAAAUCCCACUGCAAUGUUGUAGCAGAUUCAGUUCAUAUUAAGACUCCACGACACGCUUACAAGCUGAACAGCAAUCUGGAUUAUAAGAAGAAAUAUGAAGCAGCCAAGGCUCAUUGGCACUGGAUUGCUGAUAGGCCUGACUUUGUCCAAGCAGCCAAGUCAUCCCUCCAGCAGAGCGAUUACGAAUACAAACUGGACCGAGAAUUCCUGAAGGGAUGCAAACUCUCUGUCACAGAUGAUAAGAACACAGUGUUGGCUUUAAACAAUGCCAUCUUGGCAAGUGAUAUAAAAUACAAAGAGAAGCACAACAAAGCUCGAGGAACAUGCCUGGUUGUUCCAGAUACACCUCAGAUCCUCCUGGCUAAGAACGUCAGCUCUCUGGUGUCUGAGAACAAAUACAAAGAACACAGCAAGAAACAGCUACCACGUGGGUCUUACACAACCCUACCUGAGACAAGAGACACUGCUCAUGUGAAAGAGGUGACCAAGAACGUCAGUGAUACAAACUAUAAAAAGAACUUUGUGAAGGAGAAAGGCAAGUCUAAUUAUUCUAUCAUGCUGGAGCCUCCUGAAGUGAAACAUGCCAUGGAAGUUGCUAAAAAACAGAGUACAAUUGAAUACAAGAAAGAUGCCAAGUCAAAGCUGCACUACACACCUAUUGCAGAUCGCCCAGAUAUUAAGAAAGCAACUCAGGCUGCUAAGUUGAUUAGUGAUAUUGAAUAUAAAAAGCGUGGAGAAGCUGGCCUUGGUGUAACCAUGCUGGGACGUCCAGAUAUUGAGCUGGCAAAGGAAGUGUCCAAGCUAACCAGUCAGGCGGAAUACCUGAAGCGGCAUGUGAGAGGGCACGGAGCUGCAUCUUAUGAUACACCAUGGAUGAGAACGUUUAAGAAAGCUAAUAUGCUAAGUAGUCAUGUGAAAUACAAGGAGAACUUUUCCAAAGAGAAGGGUAAAAGGCCAAAGUAUGAUUUAAAGGAGGCUAAAAUCUACAAGACCAUGAAAGAUGCUCACAACAUGGCUAGUGAGGUGAAAUACAAAGCAGAUCUAAAGAAACUUCAUAAGCCUGUCACAGACAUGUCUGAGUCGCUGAUCAUGAACCAUGUCCUGAAUACAAGCCAACUCGCCAGUGCUUACCAGUACAAGAAGCAAUAUGAGAAGAGUAAGGGUCACUACCAUUUGGUGCCAGAUAAUCUUGAACAGGUUCAUCUAAGGGAGGCAUCAGAACUGCAGAGCCACGUGAAAUACAAAGAAAAGUAUGAGAAGGAAAAAGGUAAACCUAUGCUGGACUUUGAAACUCCAACAUACCUAACUGCGAAGGAAUCUCAGCUCAUGCAGAGUGAGAAAGAAUAUAAGAGGGACUUUGAAGAGUCCAUUAAGGGCAGAAACCUUACUGGCUUGGAGAUAACACCAUCCUUAUUACAUGUCAAAUAUGCAACCAAAAUAGCAAGCGAGAAAGAAUACAGGAAGGAUCUGGAGGAGGGUGUCAAAGGUAAAGGACUAUCAGUUUUGGAGGAGACUCCAGACAUGUUAAGAGCAAAGAAUGCAACUCAGAUCCUGAAUGAGAAAGAGUACAAAAAAGCCUUGGAAUUAGAAAUCAGAGGAAAAGGUCUAUCAGAACUGGCUUUGGAAACACCCGAUUUUGUGAGAGCAAAGAAUGCCACUGACAUUGCUAGCCAGAUCAAAUACAAACAGUUGGCAGAAAUGGAGAAGGCCAACUACACCAGUGUUGUCGAUACUCCAGAGAUCAUUCAUGCCCAGCAAGUCAAAAACCUUUCAAGCCAGAAAAAGUACAAGGAGGAGGCAGAAAGGACCAUGCCAUACUAUGUGCCUGUAGCAGACACACCAGAAAUGCAGAGAGUCCGUGAGAAUCAAAAGAACUUCAGCACGCUUCAGUAUCAGUGGGACCUACAGAACAGUAAAGGAAAAGUAACAGUUGUACAAGAUACACCAGAAAUGCUGCGUGUGAAGGAAAACCAGAAGAAUUUCAGCUCGAAAAUGUACAGACUAGCUAUGGAGGAAUCAAAGAAGAAGGGUCAUGACUUACGUUUUGAUGCCAUUCCUAUCCAAGCUGCCAAAGCAUCCAGAGAGAUUGCCAGUGAUUACAAGUAUAAAGAAGGGUAUCGCAAGCAGCUUGGCCACCACAUUGGAGCCCGCAACAUAGAGGACGAUCCCAAGAUGAUGUGGUCGAUGCACGUAGCCAAGAUCCAGAGUGACAGGGAGUACAAGAAAGCCUUUGAGAAGACCAAGACGCACUUCAGCAGCCCCGUGGACAUGCUGGGAAUCGUGUUGGCCAAGAAAUGUCAGGAGCUGGUCAGCGAUGUUGAUUACCGCCACUAUCUGCAUCAGUGGAUCUGCCUGCCGGACCAGAACGAUGUUAUCCAUGCUAAGAAGGCCUAUGACCUGCAGAGUGAUGCUGUUUAUAAAUCUGACCUGGAAUGGCUGAGAGGAAUUGGAUGGGUUCCUAUUGGCUCUUUGGACGUUGAGAAGGCUAAGAAAGCUGGAGAAAUCCUGAGUGAGAGGAAGUAUCGUCAACCAGCCGACCAAAUCAAAUUUACUAGUGUGACAGAUUCUUUGGCUAUGAUGUUAGCCAAGCAUAAUGCUGAGAUAAUGAACAAGCGUUUAUAUACAGAAGCCUGGGAUGCAGACAAAACAUCGAUUCACGUCAUGCCUGACACUCCCACCAUUUUAUUAGCAAAGGCCAACGCAGCUAAUGUUAGCCAUAAACAUUAUAUACAAGCCUGGGAAGAUGCCAAAACGAAGGGUUAUGACAUGAGAGCUGAUGCAAUUCCAAUUCGAAGUGCAAAGGCAUCAAGAGAUAUUGCGAGUGAUUACAAGUACAAGGAAGCUCACGAGAAGCAGAAGGGGCACUACAUUGGGUGCCGAACGGCCAAGGAGGAUCCCAAGCUGUCGUGGGCUGCACGAGCCAUGUUGCUGCAGAACGACCGCAUUUACAGGAAGGCGUACAACGACUCGAAGGCCCACAUCCACAUGCCAGUGGAUGCGAUGUCACUGCAGGCAGCCAAGGAGUGCCAGACGCUUGUCAGUGAUGUUGACUACCGUCAUUACCUUCACCAGUGGACGUGUCUGCCUGACCACAAUGAUGUGGUGCACGCGAGGAAGGCCUACGACCUACAGAGUGAUAAUGUGUACAAGUCAGACCUGGAGUGGUUGCGAGGUAUUGGCUGGCUGACAGAAGGUUCUGUGGAUGUGGUCAAAGCCAAGAAAGCCCAGGAAAUUCUGAGUGACAGGUUGUACCGCACGCUGCCGGACCAGAUGAAAUUCACCAGCAUAACUGAUUCACCAGAUGUUGUCCAGGCUAAGAUCAAUGCUAUGCAACUCAGUAAUUAUCUGUACCGCGAGGCCUGGGACAAGGACAAGACACAGAUUUCCAUACCUUCUGACACUCCUGAGAUGCUGCAGUCAAAACUCAACGCUCUGAACAUCAGCAAUAAACAGUAUCAGAAGGCCUGGGAUGAGGCCAAAGCAAAGAGCUAUGAUCUAAGAGCUGACGCCAUUCCCAUCAAACACGCCAAGGCUUCCAGGGACAUUGCCAGUGAGUACAAGUACAAGGAAACUCACGAGAAGCAGAAGGGGCACUACAUUGGGUGCCGAACGGCCAAGGAGGAUCCCAAGCUGUCGUGGGCUGCACGAGCCAUGUUGCUGCAGAACGACCGCAUUUACAGGAAGGCGUACAACGACUCGAAGGCCCACAUCCACAUGCCAGUGGAUGCGAUGUCACUGCAGGCAGCCAAGGAGUGCCAGACGCUUGUCAGUGAUGUUGACUACCGUCAUUACCUUCACCAGUGGACGUGUCUGCCUGACCACAAUGAUGUGGUGCACGCGAGGAAGGCCUACGACCUACAGAGUGAUAAUGUGUACAAGUCAGACCUGGAGUGGUUGCGAGGUAUUGGCUGGCUGACAGAAGGUUCUGUGGAUGUGGUCAAAGCCAAGAAAGCCCAGGAAAUUCUGAGUGACAGGUUGUACCGCACGCUGCCAGACCAGAUGAAAUUCACCAGCGUAACUGAUUCACCAGAUGUUGUCCAGGCUAAGAUCAAUGCUAUGCAACUCAGUAAUCGUCUGUACCGUGAGGCCUGGGACAAGGACAAGGCACAGAUUUCCAUACCUUCUGACACUCCUGAGAUGCUGCAGUCAAAACUCAACGCUCUGAACAUCAGCAAUAAACAGUAUCAGAAGGCCUGGGAUGAGGCCAAAGCAAAGAGCUAUGAUCUAAGAGCUGACGCCAUUCCCAUCAAACAUGCCAAGGCUUCCAGGGACAUUGCCAGUGAGGUAUGGCCUCCUCUGAAUGUGGUUGUCCUGUGCUGUGUUUCCUUUGCCCCGUUUGACAGAACUGAGUGA